GUGUGAGCAACGAUGAGAGUCACAUGUGGAUCUGUAAGCCCACGGGUCUGAACCAGGGCAGAGGGAUCUUUCUGCUGAAGAACCAGGAGGACGUAGCUGCUUUCAGACUGAAGCUGCAGCACAAGGAGGACAGCCACGCCAACAGGAAGAUGCACCACCGCCAGCCUCAGGCUCGCAUUGUCCAACAUUACAUCCAGAGUCCGCUGCUCCUGAGAGGGAAAAAGUUUGACGUGCGCUCUUACCUGCUGAUCGCCUGCACUGCACCUUACAUGGUCUUCUUUCGCCACGGAUAUGUGCGACUGACCUGUGACCUCUACGACCCCAGCUCCGACAACCUUUCUGCUCACUUGACCAAUCAGUAUAUGCAGAAGAAGAACCCUCUGUACAGCCAGUUAAAGGAAGAUACUGUGUGGUCCAUGGAGAGCUUCAACACCUACGUCAACGACAGGUUUCAGGUUGCCAAGGGUCUGCCCAGGGACUGGGUGCUGGGCGCCUUCGCA